UUAACAAAGCAAGAAGCUCUACCAUGUCUCUCUCUGUGAUACUUGGACUGAUGCUCUGCAUUGAAGCACCAGUCAACAAAGCAAGAAGCUCUACCAUGUCUCUCUCUGUGAUACUUGGACUGAUGCUCUGCAUUAAAGCACCAGGGUCCAGUGCUGUGACUGAUGUGUUUGUGAAGAGAGGAGAGGAUGUACUUCUGGAAGUCAUGGAUGAUGUUACAAAGAAAUUUGAUUUCUUUAUCUGGAAAUUUAAUAUAAUUAAUGUUUUAGUAGGAUAUUUACCUGGUAGAAAACCAACAGUCUCUAAAGGUUACACUGGAAGGGUUGAGUUCUCUGUGGAAAAUUACUCAGUGAAAUUAAAGUAUCUACAAGAUGACGACAGUGGAGUUUAUGAGGCACAAGUAACAGGAGCUAAAGAACAAACAAUAGCUAAAUACAUGGUCACAGUUCAAGGUCCAGUGUCUCCAGUUGAUCUGAAUCCAGACUCUGUGUCCAACAGCUCAGACUCCUGUUCCCUCACUGUGACCUGCAGCACAGAGGACUCACACAUCAGCAGCACUUUCACAUGUGACACCAAAACCUGCUCUCAGGAGGGAGGAGACCAAUCAAAGGUCACCAACUCUGGUGCUUCCCUCCGUGUCCACCUGUUGAAUGGAACAAUCAUCUGUCACCAUAGCAACCAAGUCAGCUGGACUCAGAAGAAUAUGACACAGAUUCAGGAUCUCUGUCCCCUACAUGCUGGUCUCUCUGAUGGUGUCUCCAUCUGUCUGGUGAAGACAGUCGUGUUCUCUGUUGGUCUGAUCAUCAUGGUGUCUGUCGUCAUCAGUGUCCACCUCAUGGAGAAGAUCAGGAAACUGAAAUAAACAGUUCUCCUCUAAUCAAAUGAACAUAGAGCUCAAUCUCUUGUAGUGAACAUCUUAUAGCUGCCUUUUAAUUAUUUUCUCUUACAUCACUGGUUUUAGUUUGUUGUCUUUGAGUUAAACACAGAAAAUCCUUUAUAAUAAAUAUAGUAGUACCUGAACAAAGGCAGAAAUGAUGGAGACUACAAACCAGCAACAUGAUGUAAACAACGGACCAUAAGAAACUUUUACAAAUAGAAGUUUUGCAAAAGUUUCUCAAUGAAGGGAAUUCAUGCAACACUUACAUAAUAUUCAGAUACACACACAAAAACUGUUCAGGAACAGCUAAAAAAAAACAUGAAUAACAGCACAAGGUGUUGACCUGGCCUCAACAUUCACUAGAUCCGAAACUGGUCAAGUAUCUGUGGGAUG